AUGGAACGCGGCCGUCCUGCCAGCAGUCCACGCAGCGCCGAGCCUGCCCCGUCGGCCGCCACCGCCGCCGCCCGGGAUCCGAGCCCAGGACGGACCGGGCCCGGGCCGACAGUCUCCGGCGGGGUUGCGGCGCGCUCCGGGGGUGGCCGUCCUGCCGCGGCGAACGCAGCGCGGGAGCGCAGCCGCGUGCAGACCCUGCGGCACGCCUUCCUGGAGCUGCAGCGCACGCUGCCGUCGGUGCCUCCCGACACCAAGCUGUCCAAGCUGGACGUGCUGCUGCUGGCCACCACCUACAUCGCCCACCUCACCCGUAGCCUGCAGGACGACACCGAGGCGCCAGGAGACCCCAGUCUGGGUGCCUUGCGAGGCGAUGGCUACCUGCACCCAGUUAAGAAGUGGCCCAUGCGAUCAAGAUUGUACAUCGGUGCUACUGGUCAGUUUCUAAAGCAUUCUGCCUCCGAAGAAAUGGCAAACCACAGCAACACUCCAGCAGCCUCACAGCCAUAGGCUAUCUCCUGGUGGGGUCCGGCAGAAGCGGUGGCUAUUAUUUUUAAAGACUGUGAAAUAAUUGUAUUUAUUGUAUUGGCCCUAACACUAUCUGAACGUUUACAUUGAAACUUGUAGUUGAAUAUCAAAAUAAGACUAAAUAAAUGUGUAGUGGAAUAAUCAGUCCUAUAUAAAAAUAUAUAGUUUAUUUAGUCAUUGUGUAAAGAGAAACUAUUAGGAAAAGUAAAAGACACACAAAAGCAUAUAGUUGUAUAUACCUAAAGAAUGCGCACAUUUCCACAUUUUCUGUGGUGUGCUAUUACAAACCUAAAAGAUGAUGUGAAUACAGCCGUUCUAGUUUUAAGAAAUAAAAUGUGAGGCUGACGUAGUAGUGUGUGUCUAGAAUCCCAGCACUCCCAGGACACAGAGACAGGCAGAUGAGUUUUCUACAUAGAGAGUUUGGGCCAGUCAGGCCUACACAAUGAAACCCUGUCUCAAAAAAGAAAUAAAAUGUGUUUAUACUAGUAUUCCAUUUUUGUGAAACCCAGCAUGCGUGUGACUUGGCCAUUUCAGUUAGAAGAUGUAAGAUCGUUAUUCACUGAUCACUCCCUCCCUUCCUCCCUCUCUCCCUCCU